AGUCGCGCGCCGACCGCCGCAACGUCAAGCACGGCUCUUCCGUUGUCGUGCGUUCUUGAGUCCUCUCGCCGAUGUGCCGCAUUGCGCGCGCUUCUCUUCUCUCGGGUUUUUGAUGAAAAGUCGUUCUUGAGUCACAGAGGGAUAAAAAUAAAAAAAACAGUGGUGAACAGUGUGCGCGGUUUCGAAGGUGGUGACGCGUAUGGUGAUUGGUUGCUAGUGCGGAAAAUGCAUCCGUGGUAACGAGUGUUUUGGAUGUAAACACACGAGUAAUCCAAGAACGUCGUGCAUUUCACGGAAGAGGGUGAGAGCCGGUCGAGUGCGCGCUUCCAUCGAUCGGCGGAUCUUUGUUUUGAGGUUAUAAGCAUAGUGGAUUCUGUCGUCCGGGGAAACGGACCUUAUUCCGAAAAAAGAAGGCAAUCGUCGCGUGUGUUUACUGUGUGCAUAAGCGAGGAGAUCGAUAUAGGAGAUGUAAAUUUCCUGCGCCCGAGAGGAAUAAAAAAAGGAAGGAGAGAUCCUCGCAGAUUCAACCUCCCGUGGGAUCAACCAGCGAGAGAGAAACUUUACGAGAUUGACGCCCUCGUCGUCGGGGACGAUUUCGAAGCCGCGGGAUUAUCCACAUCAGCUCGGCUCCUCCUGCUUUCAAUUAUCCGAGUGCAUAAUAGAAGAAUAAUAAUAACACACGUGUGCUCCAGUGCGACGCUAUGAAUGCUUCCUCCUGUGGUUGACAAUUUCCCGAGGAUUUUUUAGCCCCGAUCAACGACAACAUGUUGGCGCUCAUCCUGGUCCUGGGCCUCGCGGCCACCGCCUUCGCCGACAAUUUAGCUCUAUUGUCAGGCACACUGAAGACUUACCAGCGCGCCUCGUGCAACGAAGAGUUGAUGGAGCUGAAGUGUCCCAUCGGUACGGCUAUCUUGGUGACGGUAGCUCGCUACGGCUACGCGAGCAUCGGCAGCGGCGGCAAAUGCAGCACUACCGAUCCGAUGAUCAUCGACAACCAGCUCAACUCGACCUGCCUCUGGCCCAGCAAUCUUCAGCAUUCGCUGUUGCAGACUGUAGUGGAGGUCUGCCAGAAGAAGAGGCAGUGCACCUUCAACACGAGUCCGAAGAUGGGCGACCCGUGUCCGGACAUGCCUAAGUUCAUCGAGGUCGUCUUCAAGUGCCGUCCCUAUGAAUUCAGGAGUAAAGUGGCCUGCGAAAAUGACGCCAUCAAUCUCUCGUGCUUCCCGAACUACAGGGUGGCGAUCUACAGUGCUUCCUUCGGCAGAACCGAGUACGAGUCGCUGCAGUGCCCGCAGCCCAACGGAGUCAAAGACGAAACCUGUCUGGCAAGUCACGCGACGGAAAAAGUGAUAGACCUUUGCCACGGCCGACGGCACUGCUCCAUUGCUGCCAACAGCUCGACUUUCGGCGAUCCCUGCCGGUCUGAGAGCAGAACGUACCUCAAGGUCGUCUACACCUGCGUAUGGCGCACGGUGCUGCGCGAGCAAUACGACAAGGGCAAACUGGAGCCCGACGAGGUGAACCUGCCCUCGGAGUCGGACGAGGGCUUCGAUCGGGCGGACUUCCGGGUGGAGUUCAGCCCCAGCCCGAACCUCGAGAGUCCACAGUCGCAGCCUCGGGACAACGCGACGCGUCAGACCGGCCCUGGAGUCAAGUCACUGUCCGAGACGUCGUCGCCGCCACGCGCCAGGACCAACAACGACGUGGGCGAGCGCCUGCACAGUCUGAACUCCGUCGGUAGUAUCGAGAGGAAGACGGCGGGUAAACGCAACCAGCAGCACCGACUCUUACCGACCGGUGGCACGAUGCUCGGUGACAAGGCCGAUGGUGGGCCAGCUGCCGGUAACAACAACUGCACAACCGUCUACGCGACACCUGCCAAUAAAGAAGAACGCGUCCUUGCCAACUACGUCAACGAGUGGAUCAGCGCUUACGCCUUCCUCGCACAGAAUCAGGAGAAAUUCUAUCUGUACGUGAUCGUGUCGGUCACGGCAGGAGUAUUGUUGCUGCUGGGUCUGGUGAUUGGAAGGCUGUUGCUGAGUCGACACAGAGCUAAGCGAGACGCAAAGUUCCAUGCUAAUAAUGAAACUUUACCCAACGGCUUCACCGACGACAUCUCCGAGAUCGACGCGGACAUCGACCUCACCACGCCCGUGCCUGUUCCUAUGCAGGAUACGAGGCUACCAGAAACGCAUCUAGCAGAACGUCUCCACGGCGAGCGUUACUACAGCGACGCCCGCAUUCCGCUGUCUCCAGGCUCGGUUCAUUCCGGCCACGGCGUCAGAGUCGACCUUGGCAACCACAUGGUGGGCACCGACAGCCUUCACACGAUCCUUCGACCCGAAGGCUCGCGCACCGGUCCCGGCGGCCUCGCAACCGGAGUCACCAAGACCAGCUACUACUACGGCUGACAAGAGGACGGGGUCGUCCUGCGCGAGGGACGACCCCCCUCGACUCAACUCAGUCCUGUUCCCGAGGUCAGCGCGCGCAAGUACUGCUUUUGAACGACUCCUUGUACAUAGACACGCGGUUACGGGACACGAGUUAUAUGCUGCUGGGAUCAUCAGGGUAGCUACGAGAGGGCUGAGGUCUUUCCUAGAAAAAUACUGCAGAAAAUUUGGAGCAAAAAAAAAAGAAUGUGAAGAGCGAGAGAGAAUGCGUGCGUUUAUACGUAUAAUAUACGUCGCCCGGACUGAUGACGAAUUUUUUUUCUUUUUCGAGACUCGGCGACGCGACUUUUGCACUGCGAGAGAGAGAGAGAGAGAGAGAGAGAGAGAGAGAGAGAGAGAGAGAGAGAGAGUAAUAACGAGUGAUUCGCGCGCGUGAAAUUCUCCCGCGCGGCGUGAAAAUGUGUACGAUACAUGUAUACAGUGUAUAUCAAUUUGUAAAUAUAUGAGAAUCCGAGGUUGUUCCUCGUGCGAGCGACGUGUGCGGUCGCUUUGUUACUUUUAAUCUGGAGAAUCGUAUACACAAUACGCAUCAUUUUUAUUGUGUGUCCUCGUUUUAUGUUUAAUAACGCGGAAUUCAUCAGGUUAUAUAGUUUGUCACAGUUUUUUGGAAUGAUUUCGCAGUAGAGGCGCGGUUUAGUUUGACGUUUAGUGCGUUUCGUUCAGUCGUUUAUUUUGUGUGUCUCACAUAGCCACUGCUAAAGGAAAAACUCAAACUAUGGCUGUGAAAUCGUGUAAUCGAAACGAUGGAUCUUAUACGUAAAAGUAUGUUUCCCGUGACGCAUAACUUUAAUGAUUUUUUGUUAUCUACAUGCGAACUGCCAUAAUUAUAUAAUAUACAGAGCUCGAUAGUUGAAGUUAUCAUUUGGAACGCAUUCUUUUAUUAAGUACAGAAAAAAAAAACUGAUGGAUAAAUUUAGCUCAACAGUGAGAAAGUCAGCGUUUCGAUUACAAAAGUUGUUGAAAUAGUGUAUGUACAACUUCGAUCCCCGAUGUACGUCAAGAAGGAAGAAAACGAGAGGUGCGUUGAAUAAUUCGAAAGAAUUGCGCAAAUCCCUAAAUGUAACGCAUCAUUGUAAGCGUCUCGACCGAAAAGGAAAGAUAAACGUCAAAAUCUCGUUUAUUUCUCGCCUCCACCCUAGUUUUAAGCGUAAGUUUUUUUAGCGAAUAAGUCACCGUCUUGAUUUCGUAAUGUUCUAGUGCGCACAAACGCGUAUUUACCACACUUAUGAAUGAAUGCGAAAGACUUGUACCAAAGAUAACUAGGAUCAAUUAUUGAGAUGAAUAAUGAUACAUCUAUUCUUGUUGAAGCAUUUUCAGCGGAGUGCCUGACAUUUCGAAGACCUUCGGUAUACCAAGUGCACGUUUGAAUUCUUUUUCUAAGAGAUCUGAGAUAGCCAUUUACGCGUGGUUUAUUCGUUAUCGUACUUGCGAAAUUUUACGAAAGUCUGAUUAUUUGACAUGUUGAGAAAUUUUAUGCGAAAAGCCUUGUGGAAUUGUCCAAAAUGAAUAAAUCAGGUAUGCUGAUUUUAAAUGCGUGUAUUUGUACGUAUUGUAAUGAUAAUUUCGUUCAGAUGAAUCUUUUAUCAUUAAAACAGUUUAAAUUAUUAACACACACACAGUGACAAAACAUUGAAAUUAAUCUGCAUUUUGCUGAUUACAAAUAAAGAAUUCUGCAAGACUUUUCCUCUGUUGACGAAUUUAAUUUUAAAUUGAAAGGAUAUCGACUGUUCAUUAAAUUUCACGUGCACCUUUUAUACCCGAUCUUCACGUUAAAUCAUAUAAUCUUUUGUAUGAAAAAUAUGUGAGAAAAGUGUAAUAAGCGAGGCAAAUAAUAAAAAAAAAACUAAACCUGACGAGAGUAUCGUGUCAAUAGGUUUCUAUGUGAGUUCUCUACGAUUUGUAAAUAUUGCUGUAUAAUAAAAAAAACACUAAGAAUCCAUAUUCUUCGAUUUAGGCGCUUAGGCGCGAGUUUCAUAAUAAGACGAAACUCACUCGAGUUUAGAAUUUACGAGCGAUUUGAAAAAAAAAACGGCGAGGAUUCAUUGUAACAUACUGAUCGAGCUUGCGAUGAUUAUUUUUUACUUAUACUAAAUUCGACUUUUUCUACUUACCCUGAUUUCGAUCGACGAGUGUGUAAGCUGAACUAAGCGUUGCGAAACUACUUUACAAAUCAAAAUCUAUAGCGAUGUGUUAUACGUUUAAUGAUCAAGAAAAUAUUUAGGAAAAUUAAGGAUGCCGUCAGAGCUGCUCUACAAGUUUUAUUUAAUUACCAUCGUCGUUUCGUUUAUAACUAUGAGUCGGAUGAAAAUGAGUUGUUGAAAUCUGAUUCCUUGACAAUGAAGACGCUAAUGAAUAAGCGUAACAUUUACAAACGACGUUGCAAAAGAAAAAUUGAACCUAUUUUUGUAUUUGAACGAAGAGCGAAGUUUAACUAUAGAAUCGACUGCAUUCAUGCCAACUUGUCAUUUAAAAAAAAAAGAGAGGGAGAAAAUGAUAAUUUCAUAAAACUUGUAUAUCCUCGACACCGAAUCAGCUCUAGCGCAAUUAAAGAUAUUUCGUUUCUCAGCUCGCGCGAAACACGGAGAUUAUCGUUAUCCUCCAGUUCUGACUUUCGCUCGAGCUUUUCGGUUUAUUGGACGCAAACACGUACAAUUGAUCACAGAACAUUUCCGUCUCGGCGGAAGCGCACAAUGCCGCGGCUGCGCCACUUAAUUGUGAUUCCGCUUUCAAUUAACCCGACAAGCGCGCGCGUGCGAAUCGAUACGAAAUUUGAAUCCGCACGUUGUGUACUCGAUAGUUUGCGAAUCCGCGAGACAGUGAGAGACUGCCAAUGUAUACAUCACUCGGUGGGGAUGAACUUACGAUGCACUUCUUGUACAGCGAUAUAUCCUCGGAGCGCCCGAUCGAGUGAUGCCAUUUAUUAGUUUGUCAUUUCUGCGCGCAGUUUUCUUUGUUUUAUAGGCCAAGAAAUUCGUACUUUUAAUUGUGCAAUCGUGUGAGUGGAGCCCGAUACUACGUUUAAUAGAUUAUUAUUAUGACUAUUACUAUUAUCAUGAUUUAUGUAUACUGUUCUUUUUGAUGGGAAAAUAAAAGUUUUUAUUGCGUAA